CCCAGACUCAACAGCCAGGCCACCCCGAACGCAAAGCAGCUCAUCUGAGACUCGAGGACUUCAGCCUGGACUGCUGCCUCUGCGGAUGUUGAGUGUCGAAGCCCAGAAGCCCCCCAAGGGGAAAUGGACCACGCCGCCUUUCGAUCCCCGCUUCCCCAACCAGAACCAAACCCGUAACUGUUACCAGAACUUCCUGGACUACCACCGCUGUGUCAAGGCGAUGAACCGCCGUGGCAAGAGCACGCAGCCUUGCGAAUACUAUUUCCGCGUGUACCACUCGCUGUGCCCCAUCAGCUGGGUGCAGCGAUGGAACCAGCAGAUCCAGGACGGGACAUUUGCAGGCAAAAUCUGACCGCCUAACGCGGUGCCCCCGAGAAAGCAGACCCAUGAUCUCCCUCUCCUCGGUCCUGGAGACCUUGUCGGGUCUCUAGGCGUAAAUAAAGCCAUGCAGU